ACCCGGACCCACAACGCUGCUCAUAAACACAAACUGCUGCAGUUUCUGCCCAAACAGCGGGUUUUUUAGGUUCUGGGGGGUUAAAGUGGACCAGUCCGAACCUUUAACCCCGAACCCUCCAGGGAGGAACAUGGAGACCUGAAAAACCCGCAGAAACAGACCGUUAUUAACCGUUAUUAGCCGUUAUUAGCAGCGGGGCCGCGGACUCCAACCGGCGGGAAAAGAAGCUCCACAACACCCGAGAGCUACGAUGGGGAACCAGCUGGCCGGCAUCGCCCCGUCCCAGAUCCUCUCCGUGGACAGCUACUUCUCCGACAUCCACGACCACGAGUACGACAAGAGUCUGGGCAGCACGCGCUUCUUCAAGGUGGCGCGGGCCAAGCACCGCGAGGGCCUGGUGGUGGUGAAGGUGUUCGCCAUCCAGGACCCGUCGCUGCCGCUCACCAGCUACCGGCAGGAGCUGGAGGAGCUGAAGAUCCGGCUGCACGCCUGCCAGAACUGCCUGCCCUUCCAGAAGACAUCCCUGAGCGAGAAGGCGGCCAUCUUGUUCCGCCAGUACGUGCGAGACAACCUGUACGACCGCAUCAGUACGCGGCCGUUCCUCAACAACGUGGAGAAGCGCUGGCUGGCCUUCCAGAUCCUGACGGCGGUGGAGCAGGCGCACCGCGCCGGCGUCCGCCACGGCGACAUCAAGACGGAGAACGUGAUGGUGACCAGCUGGAACUGGGUGCUGCUCACCGACUUCGCCUCCUUCAAGCCCACCUACCUGCCCGAGGACAACCCCGCCGACUUCAACUACUUCUUCGACACGUCGCGGCGCCGCACCUGCUACAUCGCGCCCGAGCGCUUCGUGGACGGCAGCAUGUUCGCGUCGGAGAGCGACCAGAACACGCCGCUGGUGGACCUGACCAACAACAACCAGAGGAGCCGCGGGGAGCUGCGGCAGGCCAUGGACAUCUUCUCUGCAGGGUGUGUGAUAGCAGAACUCUUCACCGAGGGCGUCCCUCUCUUCGAUCUGUCCCAGCUGCUAGCUUACCGUAAAGGUUUGUUCCAGACGGAGACGGUUCUGAUGAAGAUCGAGGACCAGAGCAUCAGAGAACUGGUGACCCAGAUGAUCCAGCGCGACCCCGCCCUCCGUCUGUCGGCGGAGCAGCACCUGAAGCAGCAGCGCGGCCGGGCCUUCCCCGACAUCUUCUACACCUUCCUGCAGCCGUACAUGGCCCAGUUCGCCAAGGAGACGUUCCAGUCGGCCGACGAGAGGGUUCUGGUGGUCCGGAAGGACCUGGACAACAUCCUGCAGAACCUGAGAGGCUCCCCGUCCUCCCCGUCCUCCCCGUCCCCCCAGGACGACGGCGUCCCCUCCUCCCGGGAGGAGCAGGGCCUGACGGUGCUGGUGUCCGUCAUCACGUCCUGCCUGCAGACGCUGCACUCCUGCGACUCCAAGCUGGCGGCGUUGGAGCUCGUCCUUCACCUGGCUCCGCGGCUGGCGGUGGACGUGCUGCUGGACCGCAUCACGCCCUACCUGCUGCACUUCUGCAGCGACCCGGCGCCGCGGGUCCGAGCCCAGGCCGUGCGGACGCUCACCAAGGUGCUGGCGCUGGUGAAGGAGGUGCCGAGGAACGACAUCAACAUCUACCCUGAGUACAUCCUGCCGGGCAUCGCUCACCUGGCCCAGGACGACGCCACCAUCGUCAGGCUGGCCUACGCAGAAAACAUCGCCCACCUGGCGGAGAGCGCGCUGCGUUUCCUGGAGCUGGUGCAGGAAAACAACGUGAACACGGAGCACGACGUGAGCGGAGAAGACAACGAGGAAACAAACCACCCCAACGAGAACUACGACUCAGAGCUGCAGGCGCUGCACGAGAUGGUGCAGCAGAAGGUGGUGACGCUGCUCAGCGACUCGGAGAACAUCGUGAAACAGUCUCUGAUGGAGAACGGCAUCACGCGUCUCUGCGUGUUCUUCGGCCGGCAGAAAGCCAACGACGUGCUGCUGUCGCACAUGAUCACCUUCCUCAACGACAAGAACGACUGGCACCUGCGGGGAGCCUUCUUCGACAGCAUCGUGGGCGUGGCGGCCUACGUGGGCUGGCAGAGCUCGUCCAUCCUGAAGCCGCUGCUGCAGCAGGGACUCAGCGACACGGAGGAGUUCGUCAUAUACAAGGCCCUGAACGCUCUGACCUGCAUGUGCCAGCUGGGGCUGCUGCAGAAACCGCACAUCUACGAGUUCGUCAGCGACAUCGCUCCGUUCCUCUGCCACCCCAACCUGUGGAUCCGCUACGGCGCCGUCGGCUUCAUCACCGUGGUGGCUCAGCACCUGAACGUGGCCGACGUUUACUGCAAACUGAUGCCGCACCUGAACGCCUUCCUGACGCAGCCCAUCAUCCAGAUGGACCGGGAGCUGGUUCUGCUCAGCGUCCUGAAAGAGCCCGUCAGCCGCUCCAUCUUCGACUACGCUCUGCGCUCCAAAGACAUCGCUAGCUUGUUCCGGCACCUGCUGCUGCGGCAGAAGAAACGGGCCGGAUCCAUCCCAGAAUGCCCGGCGCCGGACGACCCGGCCAUCGCCCAGCUGCUCAAGAAGCUGCUGUCGCAGGGCAUGACGGAGGCGGAGGAGGACCAGCUCCUGGCUCUGAAGGACUUCAUGCUGAAGUCCAGCCGGGCCAAGGCGUCCAUGGGGGAGCAGAACCAGCUGGGGGGGGAGAACCAGGCCGGGGGGGUCCUGGACCUGGUCCAGCUGGGCCUGCCGGGCCGGCAGGUGGACCUGGUGAAGGCCCGGCCCGACACCGACGACAAGAGAGCCAGGAAACACACCAAGCAGGACUCCACCAUGAACGAGGAGUGGAAGAGCAUGUUCGGGUCCCAGGAGCCGCCGGCCUCCGCGUCAAACACGGCGGCGGACGGCCCGGCGGGGCAGCUGAAGAAGACGUCGGUGGCGGCGGCGCCGGCGCUGCAGUCGGCGGCUAGCGGCGGCGGCGGCUACCAGCGGCGCAUCAACACCUGCAAGGCGGAGCUGCAGCAGCUGGUGCAGCAGAAGAGGGAGCAGUGCAGCGCCGAGCGCAUGGCCAAGCAGAUGAUGGAGAGCGCCGAGUGGGAGAGCCGGCCCCCCCCGCCAGGGUGGCACCCUAAGGGGCUGCUGGUCGCCCACCUGCACGAGCACAAGGCCGCCGUCAACCGCAUCCGCGUUUCGGACGAACACGCCAUCUUCGCCACGGCGUCUAACGACGGAUCGGUGAAGGUCUGGGACAGUCAGAAGAUGGAGGGAAAAACCACCACCACCCGGUCCGUCCUCACCUACUCCCGGAUCGGGGGCCACGUGAAGACGCUCUCCUUCUGCCAGGGCUCUCACUACCUGGCCGUGGCCUCGGACAACGGAGCCGUGCAGCUGCUGGCGGUGGAGGCCAACAAGCCGCCCAAGUCGCCCAAGGUGCAGCCCUACCAGAGCAGGGCCCUGGACCUGCAGCAGGACGGCUGUGCGGUCGACCUGCACCACUUCAACUCGGGGAACCAGUCGGUGUUAGCGUACGCUACCGUCAACGGCUCCCUGGUGGGCUGGGACGUUCGCUGCAACGCUAACGCCUGGACGCUACGACACGACCUGCGGCUCGGACUCAUCACGUCCUUCAGCGUGGACAUGCACCAGUGCUGGCUCUGCCUAGGAACCAGCAGCGGCACCAUGGCCUGCUGGGACAUGCGGUUCCAGCUUCCCAUCUCCAACCACUCACACCCGGCCCGGGCCCGGGUACGGAGGCUGCUGAUGCACCCGCUGUACCAGUCCUCCGUCAUCGCAGCUGUCCAGGGCAACAACGAGGUCUCCAUGUGGGACAUGGAGACCGGGGACAGGAAGUUCACCCUGUGGGCGAGUUCUGCCCCCCCACUCUCCGAGAUGCAGCCGUCUCCCCACAGCGUUCAUGGGAUCUACUGCAGUCCUGCUGAUGGGAAUCCUCUGCUGCUGACGGCCGGCUCCGACAUGAGGAUCAGGUUCUGGGAUCUGGCCUAUCCGGAGAGGUCGUACAUCGUGGUGGGCGGAGCCAACGACUCUCUGCACUGUCCGUCAGUUCUGUACAGCCGCAAGAUCAUCGAGGGGACGGAGGUGGUGCAGGAGAUCCACAGCAAGCAGAAGAGCGGAGCAGCCGAGGAUUCUCCGCGCCGCGGCCCGGACCAGCUGCCAGUCGGCCACCACGACAUCAUCACCGACGUGGCCACGUUCCAGACCACGCAGGGGUUUAUCGUCACCUCGUCCCGGGACGGCAUCGUCAAGGUCUGGAAGUGAAGCCCCGCCCCCAGCCCUGGCCCCGCCCCCAACCCUGGCCCCAACUCUGGCCCCGCCCCAGUCCUGGCCCCGCCUCCACGUUCCAGACCACGCAGGGGUUUAUCGUCACGUCCUCCCGGGACGGCAUCGUCAAGGUCUGGAAGUGAGGCCCCGCCCCCAACACUGGCCCCGCCCAGACCCCGCCCCCCCAGUCCUGGCCCCGCCCCUAAUCCUAGGCCACACCCCCAACAGACUUUGGACUUUUAUGUAAAUGAGAAACUUCUGACAUCAUGUAACUCCUCUUCUCCUCAAACCUUGAGCUCAGUAUGAUUUAAAUUCGGCCUCAACGCGACACAUUUUUGCACUUUAUAUACUUUUGAGUUCAGGUGCGACCCAAACGUUUCUGCUUUUCAUGUAAAGUUUGGCGUCAGAUUGUAAAUGUGGAGUUUAAGUGUCUGUGAGAUGAAUAAAAAUAUAUUCAGUUUUGUCCCUAAA